AUGUGUUGGUUCCUAUUUUUGCAGGUCAACGACAGUACCUAUCGCGCGAUGGGUUUGGGACUGAGAUUGCCGUUCUUCCUACUCCUCUUGCUGCUGGUCAGCCUGGGAGCCGCACAAGGCCGGAGCACAGUUUUUCUUGAUAUCAAGGAGGCUCGAGACCCUGAUCAAAUCUUGAUGGAUCAGAUAACUUCGAGCAAAACUCCCGUUCGUGUUGAGAGGGGUAGCCCACUAUGCCCAGCUUGCGAGAAGUUUACAGAUGAAGCUCUUAGCUAUCUUAGUCAGAAACAAUCACAAGAUAAGAUGAUGGAGGUCCUUCAUGAAGCUUGUUCUCAGACAUUCUCGUUGGAAAAGAAGUGUGUUGAGUUGGUGGACUCCUAUGCAACUCUCUCAUUUGCCAAGAUCGCUGAGAUCAAGCCGGAAGAGUUCUGCAAACGAAAUGGCCUCUGCAGGGACAAUGCUCUUCUGUCUGGUGUGAGAAGUGAGAGCACAUGUGUGUUUUGCCACCACCUCAUGGAUGAAGUUUUGUCCAAACUGAAAGAUCCCGAUGCUGAGUUCGAGAUAAUUCAAAUUCUCCUCAAGGAGUGCAAAAAGAUCGAAGGUCACGAGCAGCAGUGCAAACGAUUGGUCCUGCAAUACAUCCCUCUCAUCCUGGUCAACGGAGAGAAGUUCCUCGAGAAGAACGAUAUAUGCACCAUCGUCCAAGCAUGUGAUGCCGGCAAAAAGACGGUGGUCGGGUCAUUCUCCGAGGAGGGUUUGCUGCGUGAUGCAUGA